GAUGUCAUCCAAUUGCAGUGUGACAACGUUACAGCUGGACUCAGUGAGCCAGGCAGAACACCCCUCUGUUCACCUGCUACCCUGUGAGAUAGAGCAUGACGGGCCUGCAGAGGUGUCCCAGUUCUUUUCAACCACCAUCAAAGACUGAAAACAUGUUACAUAGAGGCAGCAGUAGCUGCAUGCAUUCUAUACAUAGAGCGUGGAAGACCAACAUCUGAUGUCACAGAGUGCAGUGUGUAGCCUACUGUUAAUACAGAUUACUUUAAUACAGCUUGUCUCUCUUCCACAUUUCCCACAGAGAAAACGGUGUCGUUCAGGGGUCGUGGGUUAAAAGGUCAGGAGGUCAGCUGUCCGCAGGGCUACACAGGCCUGGUGCUGAGAGAGGUCAACAAACCAGGCUUUGACCAGGAGGUAAACAGUAAACACUGCCAAAAUCAUCACUGUCUGGCCAACAUCCACAUAAUCUACUGUAGCAGGUCAACAACUCACAAGGAAUGCUGUCAGAAUCUGCUCUAAUCUGCCUGUAUUCACCGACCAAUGUCCACAAAACUCUUGCCACUGGGCAACAACUCAAAGAAGAUGGCUAUAAUCAGUUUUUUGUGCUGUGAACCCCACACACCAACCAGGAAAUAUGAAACCCUUCCUUUUCCAUUGUCUGCAGCAGGGCCACAUACUGUAUAACACCAUACUGCAUAUUUAAACUCUUCACACACUUACAGUAAUGCUAUAUGUGAGGUAAUGUGUGUGUGUGUCCAGGACGGGACAGUGAAGGUGUCCUCAGUGUUCCAU